AUGUCGUUUUGUACUACUCCCUCAACCCUCCUCUCUCAUUCACUCUCGCUCAGUAUUUCUCUCACCGCAACUUGGAGAAACCCUAGCAGCUCCUCUCCACUCACCGCUCAUCGUCACUCAUCGCCACCACAACUCCACCCAAAAGAACAUCGACCCACCACCAUUAACUCCACCUCGGCGAACACCACCACCACCACUCUCAUCUCUUUUUUUCACGGACUUUCACGACGAGAAACAACAUUUGAACUUUGGUGUUCUAAGUACUCUUCUUGUUUUGGUGUGGUUAUUGUUGUCUCUGUUCUGUCUCUUUACAAUUCUUUUUUAUUGACUGGUGAGCCUAAUCAAAAUCUACCAAUUAAUGAAGUAGGUUCAGCUAUGCAACCUAUAAAGAAGAGGAAAUGUAGUGCAAGUGAUGGUAAAUUGGUUCAAGUUAGCUCUAGAUUUGACAAGAAAGCUUGUAGAAGUGCUUUGCCAGUUUUUGUAGUUCUAGAUGAGCAGCCAUUUAGUGCAGUAGAGGGUGAAGGGUUUAAAUUUUAUUCCAAAGUAAUGCAACCCCAAUUUACCAUCCCAUCUAGGCGUACGGUAGCUAGGGACUAUUUUCAGCUAUACUUGGAUGAAAAACAAAAGUUAAAGGCCUUUUUUAAGUCUGAUUGCAAUAGGGUAGCACUUACUACUGAUUGCUGGACUUCUAUACAAAAUCUCAACUACUUGACCCUUACGGCACACUUUGUGGAUAACGAAUGGAAGUAUCAAAAAAGAAUUAUAAGCUUUACCGUAAUUCCAAACCACAAAGGUGAAACUGUAGGUAGGAAGAUUGAAAAAGUGUUAAGGGAUUGGGGAAUUAGGAAUGUGUCAACCAUAACUGUUGAUAUUGCCACUUCAAAUGAUGUUGCUGUGACAUAUAUAAAGAGAAAAAUAACAAAUAUGAAUGGGUUAAUGGGGGAUGGAAACUGUUUUCAUAUGAGGUGUUCAACUCACAUUUUGAACUUGGUGGUAAAUGAGGGUUUGAAAGAUAAACAUUUAUCUGUAACUAGUGUUAGAGAUGUUGUUAGAUUUGUUAAGUCCUCACCUCAUAGGGCAGCCAAGUUUAAAGAAUGCAUUGAAUUUGCUGGAAUAACUUGCAAAAAAUUAGUAUGUCUUGAUGUUUCAACUCGUUGGAACGCGACAUAUUUAAUGCUAGAGGCUGCGGAGAAGUUUCAACUCGCUUUUGAGAAGCUUGAGGAUGAAGAGUCGAGCUAUAGGGAGUUCUUUGGAAAAGGUAACCCCCCUAGUAAUGAUGAUUGGGACAUUGCUAGGGCUUUUAGCACUUUCCUAAAGUUAUUCUAUGAAGCAACUAAGACUUUUUCCACCUCUCAAAAUGUGAGUUUGCAUACUUGUUUUCACCAAGUGUCUGCCAUUUAUUGUGAGUUAAAGCAAGCUACUUUGAACUUAAAUGAUUUUUUUGCAAGUGUGGGUGGAGAUAUGAUGGAAAAAUAUAAUAGAUAUUGGGGAAGUCCUGAUAAGAUGAACAAGAUGAUAUAUUUUGGUAUUAUUCUUGAUCCAAGAUACAAGUUGAGUUACAUUGAGUGGGCGUUUAAGGACAUGUAUGAAGUUGGAUCAAAGUUUGGCAGUGACUUGGUAAAAUAUAUAAAAGAGAAUUUACAAAAGUUGUAUGAUUGGUAUAAGCAAGCUUAUGACCAAGAACAUAAUUCCAUACAGCCUCUUGGUAGUGGUAGAAAUAAUGUCUCCAAUGAUGAAACAAAUGCAUCUGCUGCCCGUUCAUCACUUAUGGCUAGAGCCGAUGCUUUUGAGAAACAUUUAGAGGAGCAAGACUCGAUUGAUCAACAAAAUGAGCUUGAGGUGUAUAAUUCUAGUAAGUGUGUCAAAAGGGAUCCUAACUUUGACAUUCUUGUGUGGUGGAAACGUAAUUCAAUCGAAUAUCCUAUUUUAUCUACAAUGGCUAAAGAUAUUUUAGCCACACCAGUGUGUACUGUUGCUUCUGAAAGUGCUUUUAGCACAGGAGGGAGAGUCAUAGAAACCUAUAGGAGUUCUCUAACUGCUGAAAUGGCCGAGGCUUUAAUUUACAUCCAGAAUUGGUUAAGGCCUUCUUUUACCUAUUUCAAAGAUAUGAAUCUCAUGGAAGAUUUUGAGUUUUCAGAAUAUAUUGUAACAGAGUUUCAACAAAUGUCUUUAGCAGCAAAAGGAGUAUCAGGUGUCUCAUCAUCACAGUCUCAGCCACAACCUUCGGGUUGUGCUUGA